CUCACUGCGGACGAGCGCCUGCAGUUGGCGGCCCUUCGCGACAAGCUGGGCGACUCUCGGAGUACAGCGGCGCACCGCACCGCGGCUGCGGCACCGUCGGCGCCCGCCCCAGCGUCAGUCUCGGUGCAGGCGCUUCUCAACAAGGCUCAUCAGAAGGCCCGUGCGAUCGAGAAGAAGCUGGAGAGCGCCGUCAGCAAGUUCGAGAUGCUGGAGGCUCAGCUCGCGGCUCACAAGGACCAGGUGCUGGUUCUGCGCAGUGACUUGGAGCAGGCUGAAGGCGAACAUGGCGAGCUCGUUCGGCGCCUUCAUGACGAGCUGCCGAGUGCAGGCCCUCCGUCUGAUACGGCCUCUGGCACGAAGCUCUGCCUGGAGGAUUUGCUGGACGAGAAGCGCUUCUCGCAGAUGUUCGAUCUUGAUGUGGGAGACUGCUUCACGAUCACCGACGACGAGCAGCUCUCACCUGAGGGGGCCAAGCAGUUGGCCGAUCGAGCGGACCUCUCCAAGUCUGGCAUCACGGACAUGGCGGUGCAGCGGUCGACGGCGCAGGAGUUCCAGGCGAACAGGCACCCCUUGCAGCAGGCACUGGCAAGGAUGGGGCUUCAGCGACUGGCACCAGCUGCGGAGACCGCCCAGAGGCAGGACCUGCUUCUGCUGGCGCUGCCUCUGAGCAG